UGGAAUCCGCAUCGGGGCAGGCCUGGCACUUCACAGACAGACAGCUCGGAAAAUCGAAUCUUUUAGACAAAUUUCCUGAAAAUACACCAGCCAGCGACGGAAAAACACAGACAGGAUGCCGCAAUCCAGAGUUUUUACCAUCCUGGCACUAAUUAUAAUGAUUCAUGGCAUUUUGGCAGCCAACAUCAAUUAUGAAAUCCUUGCGGAUGAUGAUCAUCCCAACAAGUGUGUAAUGGAGGGUCCCAAAGGUGAGGUUAUUAUCGAAAGUGGCAAAUCAAUCCACCAUCCCACAAAAUGCGCACAAAUUGAGUGUGGUAGGGAUGGUUGGGCCCUGGUCUAUAGUUGCGAAGAGAAAUAUCCUCCAAAAGGCUGUGUAUCUGAUGGAUAUAUGGACAUUGAGGCUGACUUUCCCGAAUGCUGCGAAAUGAAUUUCAAAUGCAAUGAUGCUUAAAAUUUUGGGUUUACGUUUUACAAAGUGUGAGAGUAAAUAAAAUAUAAAUGUGAAUUUAAAGAGAUAAA